GACGGUUGGGAUUCUGGCUGAAGAAGUUGUGUCGCUCUUCCCAAUCACACUUGGCCCCCUUUCGGAUACCAAUUUAGCAGUCAAGGGUCAGCUAGACGCCAUCAGGCGCUAUUCUUCAUGCUACUAUAUGAGGAUAUGAAGAUGACGCGCUUAAUGGUUCUUCUGGAUACGAGAUAUCUUCAGCACUUCCCUUCAGCCCACCUCGACAAUAUACAGUCGGCUGGUAGAGAUAUCCACGUUUCUUCAGACUCUAUACUGAAAUGGCUGAAUCAGUCCGUACCUUGGUCGAGCAUCAGACGACCUUUUCCGCACCCUUCGCAGGCGACUUUCCAGUCGACGACAAUGUUCUCAGCAGCUUGCCACCUGGCACCGAGCUCCUCUCUGCCAACAGAUUCGGACAGUCUAAAUGGACUCUUACUGCCAGGUUGAACGUGAAAACGGCUGACGGUACUGCUAUGGCAUAUUUUCUGAAGUGCGCAGCAGGGGAUGCCGGCCGUUUGAUGAUGGAAGGCGAAUUCAAUUCCAUGUCUGAACUAUACAGGACUAUGCCCGAGUUCGUACCCAAACCUUUGACUUGGGGCAAAUUCUCGAGACCAUCACCGGAGACCUACUUUUUCAUAUCGGAAUUCAUCGACAUGUCUGAUCGUCCACCAGAGCCGAAUCAGUUUUGCACCAAGCUCGCGAAGCUGCAUAAGACAAGCACAUCCCCAACGGGCAAGUUUGGCUUCCAUAUCACAACAUGUCAAGGCUGUAACCCCCAAGCUGUAACAUGGGAGAGCAACUGGACGGUUUUCUUCGGCAAUCUUCUCCGCAAUGUCAUCAAGUUAGAUGACGCAGAAAAUGGACAUUGGGACGCCUUGACCGUGCUCGAACAACGCCUCCUUUCGCACGUCAUCCCACAUCUGCUGGAUAACCUCACUAAGAACGGCCGUGUGGUGAAGCCAUGUCUGAUUCAUGGAGAUCUCUGGGAGGGCAAUACCGGGACGUCGUACCAGACGGGGAAUGUCUACCUAUUUGAUGCCGCGGUCAUGUAUGCGCACAAUGAAUUCGAGAUUGGAGACUGGAGAUGUGAUUAUAACAAAAUUCACAACCGUGUUUACACUCGCACAUACCUUCGGCAUUAUGCACCCAGUGAGCCAAGGAACGAAUGGGACGACCGGAAUCGACUCUACUGCAUCUAUUAUAACAUCUUGUACUCGGUGAACCACCAAGGCCAAGGCAAGGCCGUCCGACAGAGAGCCUUCGAUGACAUGUAUUAUCUCAUCGAUAAAUAUGAGCCAUUCCCAGAUGGCGAAGGUCCUGCACGCCUGAGUGACGGAGAACGAGCCGAGUUGCCCGAUGAGAGGGAUCAUACAAAGAAUUGAGAAUGAGCCCGCAAUGCCUUUUCGUAUCCAAAUAGAUCACGUCCAAAUCAUGCCCUGUCCUGCUAUGCCAUGCCAUAAUAUACUAUGCUAUACUGUAUUCCAGCCCUUGAAAAGGCAGCAUCACGAGUUCAGGGGCCGAGCCUUUGUCCGCCAGAGCCAGAGCCUCCUCCGAUCCAACCCAGUCCAAUUGGACUCAUAUGCUCACCUGGUCCAGCCGUGGA